ACACCACUAAUACCUCACAAAACAAGACAAUAAUUAUAAGCAAACGUUUUCUUCGCAUUUUAUAGAUAUUUUGUGUUGUUAAAGUUGCUUCGAAAUGACUACAGCUGCGCGUCCCACAUUUGAUCCAGCGCGUGGUGGCUCUGGACGUGGUGAAAAGGAUUUGAGCGCGUUGAGCAAACAGUACUCAAGUCGCGAUUUGCCUGGGCACACAAAGCUAAAAUACAGAGAAAAUGGUCAAGGUACCAGCGAUGAGAUCCGCAACCGUGACUUCCGCAAGGAGCUUGAGGAACGUGAGCGCGAUGCACGCGCCAGUUCGGGCAAAGCGUUGCCCUCUAUAGUGCGCAAGGCCAUUGAGGCAAACAAUGCCAGUAGCAGCAGCAACAAGCGCACCAAGUUCGAUACACAAACCCAACAACAGCAGCAACAACAUGCUUCGGCUAGUCUGGAUGCAGAUGAGCCAAUAGACAAUAGCAGCUCGGACUCGGAGAGUGAUUCAGAUGAUGAUGAUGCCGCACUGCUGGCUGAACUGCAGAAAAUCAAACAAGAACGCCUGCAGGAAACUGCACGUCGCGAUGCUGAAAAGCGUCAGGAGGAGGAACGCAUUCGCAUGGAAAACAUACUUUCAGGAAAUCCUUUGAUUAACUAUGAACCUGGCACUGCCGCCUCCGCUGCCGGUCGUGCUUCUGGCACUGGCAAUGCCGAUCUGAAGAUCAAGCGCCGCUGGGAUGACGAUGUGGUGUUCAAGAAUUGCGCACGCUCCGCGCCAGAGAAGAAAACACACUUUGUCAAUGAUGCGCUACGCUCUGAUUUUCAUAAAAAGUUUAUGGACAAGUACAUUAAGUAGAAACCUAAGCCACGCCCAAAUAUUUGUAGUAGCGUUCUGAUCAUUAUUUCAUUUCUUUCUUUACCUUUUUUUUUACGCUGUCUCAAUUUAAUAAAACAAGAUUC